AUGAAGAGCUACGCUUUCUUAAUCGCCGCUGUGACGGCGCUGUCCGCCGCCGCCCAGGGAGCGACCACCCAAACCGAAGUGCCACGGACGCCGCAGUCUGCCGCCCAGCUGGCUCUGGACAUGUACCACGGCUGCCUCAAGGACCUGAGCGUGUCUUGUGUGCGUCCCAAGGCGAUGCGGUGGUUCAAUAUAGCUUUGCAGCAGCCGGAAGUCAGACUAACUGACCGUCUGUCGAUUGUCCGCACCACGGAAAAGUCGGAAUCGACCUCAUCCCGCUCUCUCAAUGCCGAAGAGCAAAUGUUCGAUGACAUCGAUGGCUAUCUGGGCAGUCAUGCCUUGAGAAUCCAAGCACCAGAGUACUUCCGUAGCUCCGAAGCCCGUGCGUUGGUGCCCGUCUUUCUGCUGCAGAAUGCCCUCACUCAGGGCGGAGUAGUGCCUCUGGCAGCCGCCAACGAGGGUCGUGGUAUGAUCCGCAAGGCCAUAUUGCCUUUCCUACUCGGUCUGAAGCUGAAGACAACUGUUUUGGUGCCCCUGGCCCUGGGUCUGAUUGCUUUGAAGACGUGGAAGGCGAUGACUUUGGGUCUACUCUCGUUGGUGUUGUCCGGUGCUUUGGUUAUAUUCAAGAUUGCCAAGCCCAAGAUCGUCAACUACGAGGUGGUGCACUAUCCAAACCACCACCAUGUCGAACAUGUGGUUCCCCACCACAUUGAGCAUGUGGUACCACACCAUAUCGAACAUGUGGUUCCACAUCACAUUGAGCACAUUGUACCCCAUCACAUUGACCAUCAUCUGGAUCACCAUAUCGACCAUCAUGUGGAUCUCCCUGUGGAGCAUAUCGAGCACUUGGAGCAUCCGUCGCCCGCUUGGGACCCGCACGCUUGGGCCCGCUCCUCUCAGGAGCCACAGGAUGCUCAGGACCUUGCCUACGCGGGUCAGAAAUAA